AUGAACAACGCGUCCAACACAUGUUCGAACGACAACCCUGACUAUGUCCAGGAUGUCCACGGCAACGAUGAUCACACAAAAUGGUCCGGCUGCGGCAUCCCCAGUAAUUCAACGGAUGCUCCUGUACUGCAAGCAUGCUGCGAGGCUCUCGGCGACGAUUUCGUCUACACCUACCAGGACUAUUUCCCUCUUUUCUCCGAGACCCAUGACAUUGCCAGCUGCUGGACCACCUGCAUGGUCAACGUUUCGUCGGUUUCGUUCGCCGACUCGACCAACGUAACGCAAUGCAUGAUCAACAGCCUGGCCAAGACCGACGACAAUGACCCCCAUGGCAAGCUGUGCGGCGGGCCGGGAAUGCGAAGUCUGGCGGCACGACCUGGACUGGACGUUGCAAGCUGGGGCGUCGCGGCCGCCGCCCUGCUCGCCUGCCUGCUCCGAGGAUGA